UCGGCUGGAUGCCAUUGAUCCACGCCAGUGAAUAAACGAAGAAGCGCGUUACACCUCUCAUCCAUUCAGAUAUACUCGGGAUUGGGAUUUAAACGUGAAUCGAGAGAGAAUAUCAGAUCAUACCUUUUAUUCUGCAUAAAACAGGACGCGAAUGCAGCAUAUAUAAGCCACAUUGUUAAGAAUAUAUUAGUGUCUGCAGCGCGCUCGCCUCACAACAUUACUGUGUGUUACGUUUAUCUGUAGAUAUGGACGAGAACAAUCAAGGAAAAGAACCCGGGUCUCCGAGGCUGCUGACACAACAUACGAUCAGUCACGCCACAGGAAAAGUACCUGAAGACCUGUCCAUAGAGGAGAGAGAUGAACUGACCAACAUACGGCGCAGGAAACAAGAACUGCUUGAUGAUAUUGAGCGGCUGAAGUUUGAAAUUGCUGAAGUGAUGACAGAAAUUGAGCAGCUCACGUGUGUUGGCGAGAGCAAAACAACACAGAGAAACAAACAAAUUGCCAUGGGACGAAAAAAAUUCAACAUGGACCCCAAAAAAGGGAUCCAGUUUCUGCUUGAGAAUGACCUCCUGCAUCGGACCCCCGAAGACAUCUCUCAGUUCCUCUAUAAAGGAGAGGGUUUGAACAAAACCGUAAUUGGGGAUUACUUAGGGGAACGGGAUGAAUUCAACAUCAAAGUGCUCCAGGCUUUUGUAGAGCUCCAUGAAUUUGCUGACCUCAACCUUGUUCAGGCAUUACGACAGUUUCUCUGGAGUUUCAGACUUCCUGGUGAAGCGCAGAAGAUCGACAGAAUGAUGGAGGCGUUUGCGUCUCGGUACUGCCAGUGCAACCCUGGAGUCUUUCAGUCCACAGACACAUGUUAUGUCCUAUCCUUCGCCAUCAUCAUGUUAAACACCAGCCUUCACAACCCGAACGUCAGAGACAAACCCGCUGUCGAGCGAUUCAUCUUGAUGAAUAGAGGCAUUAAUGAAGGAGGAGACCUGCCAGAAGAACUGCUCAGGAACCUGUAUGAGAGCAUCAAGAGUGAACCGUUCAAAAUCCCUGAAGAUGACGGCAAUGACCUCACGCACACUUUCUUCAACCCCGACAGAGAGGGCUGGCUGCUCAAGUUAGGUGGACGAGUGAAAACUUGGAAGAGGAGAUGGUUUAUUCUGACAGACAACUGCUUGUACUAUUUUGAGUACACAACAGACAAGGAACCUCGUGGAAUCAUCCCUCUGGAGAACCUCAGCAUUAGAGAGGUGGAAGAACCCCGCAAACCUAACUGCUUUGAGCUGUACAAUCCCAACCAUAAAGGACAGGUGAUAAAGGCAUGUAAGACUGAGGCAGACGGGCGGGUGGUGGAGGGGAACCAUGUGGUCUACAGGAUAUCAGCACCAACACCUGAGGAGAAGGAAGAGUGGAUAAAAUCCAUCAAAGCGAGCAUCAGCAGAGACCCCUUCUACGACAUGCUGGCCACCAGGAAGAGACGCAUUGCCAACAAGAAGUGAAAUUCACAUCCAAACUGCUUCCCCAAACCCCAUUCACACACGUAACCACAGCCUUCUGGGACAGCCUUUGUGUGAGUAUGUGUCUGAAGGUUUAAAGGAGCCCAACAACUGAAGAAUUCAAUGUUUAUAGUUCCUUUUUUGUGUUUCUAUUAGUAUAAAAACACAGCUGUCAUGAUCUGUUUGUAUUUGCAUGGAUGUCGGUUUGUAUACCAGGGUGACCCACUUGAGUCCAAAGGAAGUCGUUUAAAGGCCAAAACAUACUCUAAGCAAGAACGUGAACGCAGACUCUUCUAGCUACAGUGUACAAUCUCGUGCGUAGUUGUGUUUCAAAAUGUGUCAGACUGCAGUUCAUAACACAACCCAAGUAUGUGUCACAUUCAGCAAUGUUGCCACAAGGGGAGCUAUAACAGAAAUGAGUGUGAACUGUUUGCUUUCAACUGUGAGUUUACUCUUAGGGAACUACUGUCAUGGCGGAGCAGCGGUUUGAAGAGAAUAUUACUGAGUUAGAGUCAGAAUAUUUAUAGCAACUCAACUGAAAAAUAACAUCCAGUUUAAUGGCAUUUGAAUGACUUUUGAAGGUAACUCUAUCACCCUCUUGAGAACAGAGGUUUGAUACUGCCACAAUAAAGCCCAAAGUAUACUUCCAUCUUUAUGGGUCUAAACUCCUGAAGUCUUUAAUGGCAGUUGUAGCACACAUACGUUCACCACCUGUGUACGCGCGGCAGAGUUUCCGCUAAGAUAUUUCGGUAUUGGCUAACGUGUCCGGAAAUAAUAAAGUUUACUGGACAAAAAUGUCUCUAUGAUUUCUUGUUUUAACAUAGCACAGAAGCGUUUUGCUGCCGAAGUGAAGUCAAACGUGUGCAGCGUUUCUCUACAGCUUGAGAUGUACAUGGUACAUCUGGUGUCCUCCUUCAGAUGACGGCAACGCAGGGCUGUUUUAAUGCAAUUCUGAAGUCAGAAGCGUCUCACCGCGGGUAUGCGAGACAGGAAUAACACAGGCUGCUUUUGCCAGUGUGCUGGAUCAGGGACUAAAAACGAAAUGUUUUUAAAUUUCAGUUCGUUCUGAGCAAAAACGUUAUUUUUCUGUUCCGGUUCAGCAGUUCUGCAGCCUCCAAAAGGUUACCGGUUAGAACAAAAUAAAAGAACAAUUAAUAACAUUCUUUUUAAAAUGACAGAACAUUACGCUAAGGGGUGGGUGAAAUACCAAUUGCAGCGUUGCCAGAUCUCACAAGAGAAACAAGCAACCUGGUAUGGAAAAACAAGCCCAAUAUAAGCCACUUGCCUACAUUUUUUCCUGUGUGGUGGAUUUAUCGGCAUAGAAAUCAUAACAAGCAGUUAAUUAACAGUUAAGUAUAAUGUUUAUUACAGAUCUGCUUCUGAGUCAAAACCCGGCAGCAUCAAAUCUGUAUUAAUGCAACAUGUCUAACGGUAACUCAGUGAAGACUUGGAAACAAAUGAGAAAUAUACUUUUUACCUUUAAUAAUGUUCUCCUUGUAUCUGGAUUAGCUGUGCAUGUAUAUGUAGUAAUUAAACGUAGUUGUUAUAAAGGUCUUUAUUCACAGAAUGCAACAUCCACAAUGGGCAAAGAAAUGUGUGAUGCAGCAGUUUCCUUCCUUUUUUUCGAGUAAUAUGAAGUGGUGUAGUUCCAAAAAAUUACACUGAUAACACUUUGGCCUUUGGUUUCAUGAAAAACAUACUGGAACGAUAUUCACCGGUUAUAACAGGUUACCCCUCUAAACCCCAAUUUAGUCACACAUGUGAUCCGCUCUGUGCUAUUUAAGGCUUAUUCAUCUUGCUUUUGGCAUUUUAUAUAAUAAAAUUUGCUUCAGCAGCCCAAAAUUUUGUUUCGGAGGCUGCCGAAAAAAUGUUAAUGCAGGAAAAACCCAGUAUAUGGCAGCGAAGCUGUACAUUUGUGGCAUCAACUAAAGGGGUUGCUGAUGGUUCUUGUUAAAAUUUUCACUGGACAUUGUGUCCGACAUUUUUUGAAGGACGUUUUUAACAUUUUUUUAACGAAAACCCAGAUGCGUGCACAGUCAACCUUUGAAAGGCCAAACAAUUCUAAUAUACAUGUAAGCAGGCGUAUGCACAAAACCGAAGUACACUUUGGGCUUAACAUACAAACACACAUUAAGCAUGUUUAACCGGACCACGCGCUUACAUCUACAUACACGUACGUACAUAAAGUAUGUUUCUGGCCUGAAGGAAUGGUUCACCAAAAAUGAAAUUUGUGUCAACCCUCAAGUUGUUCCCAAUUCGUAUCUGUUUUUUUAAUUUUUUUAUGUGGAACAUGAAAGUAGACAUUUUUGAAAGUCGUUACGCACCUCUUGCCACAAAAAAAGCCAUUUUUAAAUGGACGAACAUGGGCUAGAUGCAAGCUUUGGAGAAGGGCACGAUUAUUAUUAUUACUGAAUAACAACUUUAACAUUGAGUUCUGUUUCUCACACAAACCUAUCAUAUAACUUCUGGAAUAUAGACUUGGAAUAUAGUGCAUGAGUCAUAUGGACAUUUUCUAUUUCCUUUUUGGAGCUUGACUGCCCCUGGCCCUAUGAACUAUCAUAAAAUGGAAAAGAGCUAUGAAUAGAUUAUGAUGAGGGUGGGUAGACAAUGACAGAAUUGUACUCUUCCUGUAAGAACUCCCACACCUUGUCUACACUGGACGCUUCCACUGAAGUGACAUGACGUCUUGUGACUGUCUACACUGGAGGCAUCGAAGUAAACAUACUAAAUGACAUGCAGAAAGCACGGACCAAUCAGCUGUGAGCUUGAGUAGACUUCAGCAACAGAUAGCCGCAUGCGAAGUUCACAUGCUGUGCUUAUUGUGUAUAUUUUAUUUGGAAACCCUAUUGCUAUCCUUACCCCUAAAACCUAACCCUAAACUUAAACUUACCACUAAAUCUAACCCUAAAGCUAACCUUAUUAAUCACAAAUGAGACUCUCGUGAGACUUGGGCUGUGGGGGUGUUACCUUCUAGGCACAUCCCUGCAGCGCGUCAUUGCAUCAUUGAUUAUAAUGGGAGUGACUAGUGUAGACAGGGUGUCACUUCACAGAUGUCAGAUACAAAAUUCAUCUAUUCCAAAUGAUACGUGAUCUAUUUUCAAUCACUGACCAGCGGUCUGGCAGUGUCAUCAUACAGGGCUCUGAAACGAUACCCCACCAUGCUAUUAUCUCUUAUAUGGUGCUAGAAGACUUCCUGUGUGCGUGUGAUCACACAAGAAGCUUGCAUAGAUGUAAAUUAAUCUAAUGGUAACACUAGGAGUCUGGAAUCAGCUGGACUGAUUUCAUGAGAAACGGCAAACAUAUGACAUGUAUUGUUUUAGUUUCUCUUGUACAAUAGUCCGUGUACUGGUCCAUUUAAACUUUCCAUUCUGAUUUUGAGUAUAAAAGACACUAUCUACUGUUACGUAUGAUGUUUUGAUGUGAUAUGAAUGAAUUGCUUGCUUUUGUGUUCCCUUUACAAUUCUAAUUAAAAAUCAUUUUGUAUUUAUUUUCUUUGUGAAAUGAUUUUAUUGUACUCCUAAUUGAUAUAGAUCUAAGUUAUGUGUAAAUACUGUAAACAUUUGUCUUAUUUUUUUGUGUGUAAGUACAAUCUGUAUCAUAUAACUCUACUGGUAAUUUUGUACAUCAUUUUUAAUGUUAGGGCUCUCUUGAUCAGAAGCCUUAAAAACUAAUGUACUUCUGUCAGGGAAAAUGACCAUGUAAUUCUUAUUUUUUUUCUUUUAUUUGUUUUUAUCCAGUAGCCAUUUAUAUGUGUUGUAAAAAUAAAGCCCUGUCCUGGGGUGGAAGACUAUCUUUGAUGCCCUUUAGGGCUCCAGAUGAAUUUUAUAUGUCUGUAUAAGCUAUUGGUCAUAUUGUAUAUGAAAUAUGGAUACAUAAAGCUGAAAUUUUCACAAGUGCAUUGUUUUUCCCACACAUCACAGAGAUUACAAACGUGAUCCUACUGAUCGUACUUUAAUAUGACACCAUACCUGCUAGCAGAGACUUUAUCGCUUUGAUUUUCUUAAAUUUAUACUACAUAAUAAUACCUCCUAUUAAUAAUAAUGGCUUUUAAGAGCUGAUUAAUAUAUCCAAACAUGUACAUGUAAAGAUGACACUUACAAAAUAUCAAUUAUAGAAAGUAAAACAGCUAUGAAAAGCAUUUAUAAAAGCAACGUUACAGAUACAUGCACACUCAAAUAAUCGAAAAAGAAAAGUUUUGUCUUUUACAUAUAUAUUGUACUCAGAAUUGUGCAUAAAUGGUUUCCAAACACCAUAAAAAAAUGUAUAUAUAAUGCAAACAAAACAAAUACUAACAAACAAAAAUUCAUGACUGUUUAAAAAGAUGUGUCCCAUUAUUUCAGUCCAUCUUAUAUUGACACCAGAAAGGAAAAAAAAUAUUAUGUUUAGAGCUACAGUAAGAAGGGCUACAAUGUACGGUUGGAUAUACAGUAUGAUCGCACAUAUACUGUAAUGUCAGUGUUCUACUUUGAUAUGUUUCCAUUUUUACUGAUCUGCAAUACAUGUUGUUUGUGUGAUAAACAGUA